AGUGAAUGUCAUCAUGUCCGCAUCGCACGAAGAUCCCGUCCGUCAGAGCAAGACGACGAAGUUCUUCUGUUUCCGAUCGAGGUUCAUUGCGGAGUUGCGACGCGGGAGAGCCGCGUAGGAAACGUUCAAACCCUCCAGAGAGAGAGCGGCCACGGAGUUAGGCUCCCCUUCAUCAGUUACAAAGCCGUCUCCUCUCUGACGGCCUGUUGCAUUGCUCAAGUUCAUUCGCAAAUUUUGUUUUUCGCAAUGGCCAGUUUCGGUACCCUAUCUUCGACGCAACCGCACAAUCCGAACAAAUCAUUUGAGGUCAAUCAACCUCCAACUGAUGGUAUUUCGAGUCUUGCCUUCAGUCCAAAGGCGAACUAUCUGGUUGCCACCUCAUGGGAUAAUCAGGUGAGGUGCUGGGAGAUUCAGUCAAAUGGCAGCAGUGUUCCUAAAGCAGCUAUUUCACAUGAAUCGCCUGUCUUAUGCUCUGCCUGGAAGGAGGAUGGAAGUACAGUGUUCUCAGGAGGUUGUGACAAGCAAGCAAAAAUGUGGCCCAUACUAUCUGGUGGCCAGGCAGUUACCGUAGGCAUGCAUGAUGCACCUAUUAAAAGCAUUUCGUGGAUCUCUGAGAUGAAUCUCCUUGUUACUGGAAGCUGGGACAAAACUCUGAAAUAUUGGGAUUUACGGGCACAAACUCCAGCCCAUACUCAACAACUUCCUGAGCGAUGUUAUGCUAUGAGUGUCCGGCAUCCGCUCAUGGUGGUAGCAACUGCGGAUAGAAACAUAGUUGUCUACAAUCUUGCAAGCCCACAAACAGAAUUUAAGCGGAUACAGUCGCCAUUAAAGUAUCAAACACGAUGUGUGGCAACCUUCCCGGGCAAGGAGGGCUUCCUUGUUGGGUCAAUCGAGGGAAGAGUGGCCGUUCAGCACAUUGAUGAUGCUCAGCAAUCAAAGAACUUCACUUUUAAAUGCCAUAGAGAUAACAACGAUAUAUAUGCAGUCAAUUCUAUCGACUUCCAUCCUGUACAUGGAACGUUUGCCACCUCUGGGUCUGAUGGAGCAUUUAAUUUUUGGGACAAGGACAGCAAACAAAGACUUAAGGCAAUGCAGCGCUGCAAUCAACCGAUCCCUUGCAGCACAUUCAACCACGAUGGAACCAUAUUCGCUUACGGGGUGAGCUAUGACUGGAGCAAGGGUGCUGAGAAUCAUAACCCAUCACAAGCUCGCAACUACAUCCUUCUCCAUCCCACGCAGGACUCUGAAGUUAAAGCAAAAGCACGGGUUGCCGCCAGUGGAAGGAAAUAAAUAUGAACUAUUACGUUCUUUUCUUGCGCUAGGGUGUUAUUCCCAAAAGAAGACGUGGAAUGUUACCAACAGGUGUGAAGUUGUGCACUUUCUGUGAAUGGUCACUGAUGUAUCUUAUACCCAGCAGUUGUGCACUGAUGUAUUUCGGGAGUGCGCCGUGUAACCGGGUGGAAGAUUUAUCACUUAUUUCGUUAAAGGAUCGUUAGCUGAGAGAAUAACUAGCCUUGCAAAUCACGAUACUAAGGGUUUUCUCGCAUUUUUGAAGAUUCUCUGAAUUCUAGUGGUUCGUGAACCUGUAUUGAUGAACAGGUUUCACAAGCCACUGUCAGAUAGUGUAUUGAAGUCUAUUGUACGAGAAAUGCACAAGAGCUAGUAGUACUUCUUGGCAGUGACUCUUGGUCCUUAACUUACUGCGUUCCCUAGAGACCAGUGUGAAAAACUGCCAGAUCGAACUUGAUAUGCUAAAAUGGGAGUCAUAGUUCAGCCCGUGAGCCGCUAGUGAAAUUUUAUCCUACUUUUGUAAGUCAAUUCCCAUUUAUCUCCUUGCAACCGUAUUGAGAAUUCUUUUGCACGAA